AAAUAUAAACUAGUGUGAACACAAUUUUUGUAAAUUCACUAAAAACAAAACUCAGUUGCUGGAAGUCACGAAAUAUGUCGCCUAUAUGUGAAAUUAAAGUUCCCUUUAAUGAAUCAACAGUAAAACCCCAGGAAGAGGUCAAUGUUUGUUUCUAAGGUUGGAUCUCUUGUCUGUGGAAUAGAAAUGCCCGAAAUCUUAUCGCCAAUAAAAAUUAAUAAGCCAUUGAUAAUUUACACCUGUUGUUAUGAGUGUGGCUAAUUUAAAAAUAAUUAUCGUCCUGUUAUCAUAUUUUCGGUAACAUAAAUCUUCCUGAAAAUCGCAUUAAUAAAUAAGCACAAAAAUGUGUGUAAGCGAAGACUAGAAAAAUAUGCCAAAUUCCAAUUGAAUCAGAAUAGUCGAAACGACGAUCGGCGAUCAAGGCCAUAAAAAUGGAAAUCCUAAUCUUAACAUUAUUUGUACAAUCUGCCUUAAAAAGAAAAAAACAAGACAAGAAUGCAUCAACGCAAUGAGCUUUGACAAGAGGCAAUAAUGCUGUGCUAAUUUUAGGGAAGGGGUUCGACUUUUUGCUGCUCUGCUGCUACUGGUUCUGUGCGUCUAUUCUGCCUGAUAGCAAUACAAUAAUACAAUCUGACAUUCCGAAAUCUUAUCUGCAGUGAAAUAGUAAUUGCUUUCUUAAUAUAUGCCUCUGACAUUAUGGAAGUUCCAGCGCUUUUGUGAUGUUGUCCAGCCGUAUAAAUGCCAACUUCACAUUUCGUCGUCAGUUAGUAUAGUUUUCAUCGACCGUCAAGAAACAGUUCUCAAAAAAUAUGCAAGUUUUGCUCGCAUUGCUCGCAUUUGCUGCGCUUUUGGAGCUAAGCAGCCAAACAGAGUAUGUCGGAAUAAGCGAGGAUAUCUGUCGCCUCUUUCCAGAUGGCACGAAGCUGCGACAGCCGGGAUACUGCGAUCGCUGGAUUGUUUGCCAGGACUUCAAGAGCACCACCGGCGGCACCUGCACAGCGCCACAAGUCUUCAAUUUGAGCAAGGGAACUUGUCAAGCUUCACUGGACAAGACGGAUACUUACUGUGAUUCGCCUUGUUCUUCAAAGACUAGUGGAUACGUGGGCGACACCUUCAACUGCGCCAAUUGGUAUUACUGCGAUAAGGCUACCACUUUGAGCAGUGGCAUAUGUCCAUACAGCAUGCACUUUGAUCAGAAUCAACAGAUGUGCGUCUAUCCCAAGGAUGCCAUGUGCACUGCCCAAUUUGAACUGGUUCAAGUUGUCCCAGCGAAGACCAACAUCAAGGACGAAAGCAACUGCGAUAAGUAUCUGACAGCCAGUGCUGGUAAGCUCACCACGGUCAACUGUACCACAGACCUCUACUACGAUGUCUACACGGGAGCGUGUAUCAAAAAGUCGCUUGUGGAAUGCGCGAAGCAUCCGUUGCCCACUGAGGUUUGUGGCAACAAGAAGCUGGCGAUCCGCAAUAAAUUUGUCGCCGAUGGAGCCACCUGCCGUGGCUAUUACUAUUGCCAUGAUCUCGGCUCUGGUGUCCCGGAUCCCUCACCGCUCUGGCAACAAUGUCCAGUCGCGUAUUUCUUCAACGAGGAGCGCAGCAUAUGCGAAGAACGUGCCCAUCGGAAGUGCGUUGAGGAUCGCUGCGAUGGUCGCGACGAUGGCUUCGAAGUGGCCGAAGUUCCCGGCUGCCAGCAUUACAUUAAGUGUGUGAAUGGUGCCCAGUCUGGGGAUAUUUUGGAGUGCGAUGAUGGCAUGUACUUCGAUGCACUGGCUCAAAAGUGCACCACCGUAAAACAGACCUAUGGCGCAUGCAGCGAAUAAAACUGUGCUCAGCCUAAAAGUAUGCAAUAGAAAUAUAUAAAAUUUAUGUCUCUCGAAAAUUGUUUCUGCAAUUAACUUCACAUAUCAGCCCGCUUAAAAAGUAAAAAGAAAUAUUGAAG